AUGGAAGUUUUGUCUAAUGUUUCUCCAUGUUCUAUUUUAUUAGAGGCACAACUGAAGGCCAUUAAAGAAAAGUCAAAAGACCCGGAGGCUGCAGAACCUGAACCUGAACCAACAACUGAAGUUCUUUUCCUUUGUAGUUAUCAAGGCUGUGGGAAGACAUUUAUUGAUGCUGGAGCUUUGAGGAAACAUUCUCACAUCCAUGGAGAGAAACAAUAUGUUUGCAAUUAUGACAAUUGUGUAAAGGGAUUACAUGUGACUGGUCCAAUCUACACCAUGCUUUGUAAUUAUUUUGCUUGGACUACCAUUCACCUACUUCCUAAGAAGUGGCUGAUAAGACCAUCU